CUCUGCGGUUCUCGACCGAAGGACGUGAAAAGUUUUCAGCAUUAUGCUCCUCAGGGGAAAGCCAACUUAGAAGGAAAAAUAACGAGGUAAGGGGGUAAAAGGGGCCAGCAGGCUGCUGUAGGUCCGAGAAGAGGGGGGAAGGAGAGGAAAAGGGGGAAUUAGCGGGAUAGGGGGAAGGGGGGGAAGGAGAGAAGGAGGGAGAAGGGGGUGGAGUGUUUGACGCGUGGCAAGGGAUGGCAUCGGGUUCCGCUGGAGGGCAAUGGACUGACGUAGGCAGGCGUUCUGAGGACUUGACACGUGGGGUUCUCUCGCCGCUGUCGACCUGCUGAACCGUUACGCUGCGCGCCGAUUCGUGUAACCCGCAGCAGCCAUCGUGCUUGCAUUGAGAUCAACGAGACACACACUCACACACACACACACACACACAGAGAGAGAGAGAGAGAGAGAGAGAGAGAGAGAGAGAGAGAGAGAGAGAGAGAGAGAGAGAGAGAGAGAGAGAGAGAGAAUGGGGAAUACUGCUGCGAGGCAGAGGCGGUCGAGGGGUCGGGAUCUGGAGGCUGGUGUUCCAGGAGGAGCGGUGCGACCGGAUGCGUCAGUAGCAACGACCGGACGUCCGACAAGCGGUCGGAUAGAGCCUACGGCGAGAGUGACUGUAAGGGCUCCAAAAGUGACACCAACGGCAACAAUUCGCAGCCUUCUGAAUUUGAAGAAACAUAUGUUGAAGCUUGUACCUGAUGAGACUCGCACUGGAACUUAUCGACUUUCUUUCUCCAUUGACACUGCAAAGGCAUGCAGGUAACUUCUAUGUAUAUAUAUCUGUUUGACGAUAUAUAUAUAUAUUAUAUUUAUAUAUAUCCUCCUGAUGAGUCGGUGAAACUCCG